AACCCUGGUGGGCAUAAUUCGAGCGGUUUUGCUGUUUUGAGACAUUUCAUUUCAAAACCCUUUCACUGCAGAGCCACCGUCAGCGACAGAUGCAAUUGCCUGCUGCAGCGGCGCGUGCGCCCACAUGGUUUUACACUUGCCGCCUUCUCGAUGAAAAGCUCUCUGACCUCCACCGCUGCUCAAACCUCAACACCGUGAAGCAAAUCCAAGCUCAAGUCCUCAAACACGACGUCCACCAAGACCCUUACAUCGCACCGAAACUCGUCGCCGCGUUCUCCGUCUCCCGCCACCCCUCCGCCGUCAACGCAUUCAACCUCGUAACCAACCCCAACGCCCACCUCUACAACACUCUCAGAGCUCAGGCCCAAAACAAGGCUCACCCUUCCGUCGCAUUUGAAACCUUCUUCCAGAUAUAAAGGAACGAUGUUUUUUCAGAUAGCUUCACAUACACGUGUCUGUUGAAAGCUUUUGAUGGUUAUAACAGUUGGAUGAUGCAGAUGAUCCACGCACAUGUGGUGAAGUUUGGGUUUUUUGGGAGUGAUAUAUUUGUGCCGAACUCGUUGAUAGAUUUGUAUUGUAAAUGUGGGGGUGCUAGAAUUGAUGCCGCAAUUUGGUUGUUUUUGGAGAUGGAGGAACGGGAUGUGGUGUCUUGGAACUCUGUGAUUGGUGGGUUGGUGAGAGGUGGUGAGUUUGAGAAAGCCUGCAAGGUGUUUGAUGAAACGCUUGAGAGGGAUGUAGUUAGUUGGAACAUCAUGUUGGAUAUGUAUGCUAAGGCUGAGGAGAUGGGGAAGGUGCUUGAGAUGUUUGAGGGAAUACCUGAGAGGAAUGUCGUGUCAUGGGCGACGAUGGUUUGGGGCUACUGUAGAGUUGGGGAUAUGAAUAUAUCAAGGAUGUUGUUUGAUAAGUGUCCUGGGAAGAACUUGGUGAUUUGGACCACUAUGAUAUCUGAUGCUGAGAAGGGGCUUGUUAAUGAGGCAAUAAAGUUGUAUGAUAAGAUGGAGGGAGUUGGGAUGAGGGUUGAUGAUGGGUUUCUGAUAAGUAUUUUGACUGCAUGUGCCGAGUCUGGAAUGGCCGUGUUAGGGAAAAGAAUUCAUGCUUCUGUUGAGAGGCGGAGGUUUAGAUGUAGCACUAAGGUGUUGAACGCAUUCAUCGAUAUGUAUGCGAAGUGUGGUUGUGUGGAUGUUGCCCUUGGUGUCUUUAGUAGGAUUGAAAAGAAAGAUUUGGUGCCUUGGAAUUCCAUAAUUCAAGGGUUAGACAUGCAUGAAUGUGGUGAGAAAGCACUUGAGCUUUUCACUAGGAUGGUACAUGAGAGUUUUGAACCGGACAAAUAUACGUUCAUUGGCCUUUUAUGUGCUUGCACCCAUGCAGGCCUUGUCAAUGAGGGAUAUUACUUCUAUUGAAUGGAGAAAGUGCAUGGGAUUGUUCCUCAAGUUGAGCACUAUGGUUGUAUGAUUGAUCUUCUUGGUUGAGGGGGACACCUGGAGGAAGCUUUUCAGCUUGUGCGCAACAUGCCUAUGGAGCCAAAUGAAAUAGUCUUGGGAACUCUUUUGGGGGCUUGUCGAAUGCAUAAUGAUGUAGAUCUUGCAAACGCUGUGUGCGAACACUUGUUUGAGUUGGCACCAUUGGAUCCUGGAAAUUUCAACCUUUUGUCAAACAUUUAUGCUCAAGCAGGGGAUUGGGUGAAUGUUGCUAGUGUAAAGUGGCAAAUGAAGAACACAGGAAGCCAAAAGCCUUCUGGAGCUAGUUCGAUUGAGGUAGAAGAGGAAGUGCAUGAAUUUACAGCAUUUGAUCAGUCACACCCUAAAUCAGAUGAUAUAAUAUAUAGAAUGAUUGACAGAUUGAUAAAGGACAUUAACCAGGUCUGGAAAAUCAAACGGAGGUAG